AUUUAUAUGUGUGAUAAAAGGAAAAGGUUUAACUCAGCCUUGACUUUCGAGGAAUUAAUUGAUUAUCAUAAUGAAUUACCAGAAACUCCUCAGCUUAAGUAAUACUCAUAUUUGAUAUUUAGACCAAUUAACCAAUCUGCUUUCUAUGUACCAGAAUUAGAUUUAGCCAAUGAUGUUUCUCAAACUUAGUUUAAAAUUCCUUUAUAAACAAUUUUUGAAGAAGAACUAACAAGUCCCAAAGAAAUUAUGAAAACAAAAAAGUUAAUAAGAAAAAGAUAAAGGUUCUUCAGUGAAAAUUCUCCAUACUCAGUAAUUAGUAUAUUAGAGAGAAAACUACAGAAAAAGAAGUCUUUUAUUCCUACUCUCUUAGAAUUAUGAUUCCCUCU